CUUCAAAGGGACUGUACUCCAAGACACCCCUUCAAAAAUAAUAUCUUCCAAGACACCCCUUCAAAGGGACUGUACUCCAAGACACCCCUUCAAAAAGAAUAUCUUCCAAGACACCCCUGCUAUAUAGAUAAAGCAGAAUUAUGUAUAAAUUUUAAAACCAACUACUCUGAACUAGAUAACUGUAAACUCAUUUUAAUGUUUACAUUUUAAAGUGUCCAAUUAAACCUUAAACUCUUGUAUUAUAGAGUUUCAUAUUCACGUUUCCUAAUUUAAUGUUCUAUACCUUAACCUAUAAACUUGAACUGAGAAGGAUAAAUAUUUAUUUAUAUUUAGUUCAAAUUAAGAUUAAACUUUUAAAGUUGAAAUGUGAAGUAUGAGAUUAACAUAUUUAAAGUGCGAAUAAGAUUAAGUCCUAGCUAAACCUUUAUACUUUAAAUAUAGAGAAUAAAGCUAGAUAUUUAAGUCUAUAAGAUUAAGAUUAAGUCCUAACUAAUGUUUUAAAAGUAAAUUAAGAUUACAUUUACAAUAUUUAAGUCUCAGAAGUUAAGAUUAAUUCCCAAGUAUAGUUUUAAACUUUAAGUAAAGGAAAGUAAAGUGAGUAACUGAAGAGUACAAUAUUUGAGUAAAAGAUUAUUAAGAUUUAGUCCCAAGUAUAGUUUUAAAUUUUAAGUAAAGUAAAGUAAAGUAAAGUAAAUAAAUAGUACAAUAUUUAAGAUUAAAAUUAAGUCCUAAACUAACCCCACCGACACUGCACUAUCUCUCUGUCUGCACAAACCAGUAUCUAAACUAAUAUGGUGAAGGAUUUUAACGCCGGAAGUUCAGAAGGUUCUGAGCCCGGAGAUGAAAGUAUCCGGGAAAUGAGUGUUGACCUAGGACGGGUUGCGGAGCUAAAAUGUUCUCUUGAACCUCCUGUAACCUGGAGAAAGGUUCAGGGAAUCAUUUCCAGAGAUUCGUCCAUGAAAGAGAGAGAGUUAAAGAUAUUUCAAGCAGAAGAGAAGGAUGCUGGAGAAUAUAGCUGUAAAGGAGAGAAGGAUAGAGAGGAGAUCAUAAGAUUGGUUGUUACUGGAAUAGUUCCUUACUUUGCUCAAGCUCCGAUAUCUUACUUACAAUUUCCAACACUUCCUGAUGCAUACCUGGAGUUCAAGAUACAGGUUUCCUUCCGGGCAGAGUCGGACGGAUUGAUCUUCUACAAUGGUCAGGAUAAUCUCGGGAUCGGAGAUUUUAUUGCUCUGGGUUUAGAGGAGGGAUUCCCUGUGUUCAGGUUCAAUAUGGGCAGCGGAGUAUCAACCAUCAAAUCAGUUAAACCGGUUCAGAAAGGGGAGUGGCACACCGCUGUGGUCUGGAGAAGCAGGAAGAACGCAUCUCUCUCUCUGGACGGAUCUACUCCAGUCUUUGGAUUUGCAGAAGGGAUAUUUCAAGGGUUGGAUCUCCUAGGACCAUUCUAUGUCGGAGGACUCCCAACCUUUAACGGGAUCGGCUCCGGGGUAGGAUUUAAGCGAGGGUUUGUUGGAUGUGUGAGCAAGGUCGCAAUUGGACAUAGACUUAGGGAUAUAACAAAGACCAAAGAGAGUUCUGUUGGAAUAACUGGUUGUGAGACGUGUGCUGGGAAUCCGUGUGAUAACGGAGGAAAAUGCCAGGAAUCUUACUCAGAGUCUGGAUUUAUCUGCAUCUGCUCUCAGGGGUUCUCUGGAAAGAACUGUAGUAAGGUUGGGGAUGCCUGUUCUCCGGGUGUGUGUGGAGAGGGAAGAUGUGAAGAUACUGCUUCAGGGAUACAGUGCUACUGCCCUCUAGAAACUUCGGGUUCAAGAUGUGAGCAGAGCCUUCAGAUUAAGAAACCUGCUUUUACAGGAGACUCCUAUAUUGCUUUUUCUAGGCCUAAACAUAUCCUAAGAAGAUUAAACAUUGGUAUGAAGUUUAAAACCAAAGAUCUAAAGGACUCUGUUCUUUUUUACUGUUCUCAGAGUGAGGACGGAAAGGGAGACUUUGCUUCGCUUGCAAUCAAGGACGGAUAUCUAGAGUUUAGGUUUGAUACUGGUUCAGGAGCGGCCAUACUCCGGUCUAAUGUAAGGAUUGAGCUCAAUAUAUGGCAUGAAGUGAAGAUAAGACGUAAGCUCCGAGAUGGUUCUAUGGUACUGGAUAACGGGACUCCAGUAGUAGGUAAAUCUCCAGGGAAUACACGAGGAUUGAAUAUUAAAACUCCGCUCUACGUUGGAGGAUUGAACCUGAACAAGUACGUAUUUGCCUCCGGUGUCGGGGUUCAGAGAGGAUUUACAGGAUGUAUCGUGGACCUAGAGAGUGGAGGACAACAGCUGGACCUCAAAUAUGAUGUUCUAGACUCCGGAAAUAUUGGAGACUGUAACUCCAUGUCUCCUUGUGAGGUUGAACCCUGUAAGCACAACGGGGUUUGUGUUGAUCAGGGAAACUCGAGUUUCUCCUGCUCCUGUUCUCCGGGGUACUACGGAGAACUGUGCGAGGAAGAGGAGAAUCUAUGUAAUCUACAAACACCCUGUCUAAACAAUGGUAAAUGUAUCGGGAACACAACAUCCUACUCCUGCUCCUGCUCCUUGGGGUUCGCUGGAGUUCAUUGCAACAGGAGUGUUGAGAUAGGUAAAGAGAUUGGGUUUAAGGGAAAUGGUUACCUGGAGCUGGAUCGAACCUUGUUCCCACACAGCUCUAGAAACACACCGGAAACCUUCAGUAUUACGUUCACCACGGAGUACACGGACGGAAUCCUGUUCUGCCAGAGUCAGGACGGAUUGGUCGGAAACGGCGGAGAUUUCCUAGCUCUAGUAGUAGAAGACGGAUAUCCUAGUCUUCAGUAUGAGCUGGGAGGUGGUCCUGCUAAUAUAAGACUGGAGACCAGGGUGGAUGAUGGAAACCUUCACAAGCUAGAGAUAACAAGAGUAGGACGGAAAGGAGAACUGGUUCUAAAUGAUAAAAUAUCUGUAUCCGGAUCUAGCAAGGGUUUGCUCCAGAUGUUGAAUACAGCAGGAAACAUUUUUAUCGGAGGAGGACCUGAUCCUUCCCAGCUGACCGGAGCACGCUGGGAGGACGGGUUCAGGGGAUGCAUCCACGCUCUAUCCCUCCAAGGGAAGAAUGUCGACUUUAAAGAAGACCUGGUUACCUCUGCUAAUAUAGUUCCUUGUAAAGAGAAAAGUUUAGAAGUUGCCGAGGAUUAUAAUGAUGUGUUCUACUCCAGUCUAAUGGAAGAUUUAGAAGAAAACUUCGAUGAAGAUGCAUACUUGGAGAGAUUAAACAGAAUAGGAUAAUGAUAAACUGAACCUGGAGAGAUUAAACAGAAUAAGAUAAACCGGGAGAUAAACUGAACCUGAAGAGAUUAAACAGAAUAAGAUAAACCUGAAGAUAAACUGAACUUUGAGAGAUUAAACAGAAUAGAAUAAACCGGGAGAUAAACUGAACCUGAAGAGA